AUAGCAUGGCAUCUGCCCAGUCCCUGGGAAGCCCGCUCUCUGGACAGUCCGAACGGCGCAAAAAGUUGGCAGACCAUCGAUCACCUCUCCAGAAGCUUGAGCUGACGCUCGAUAGCAUGACCAAGGAGGAAAAGAGAGCGCGGGUGCAGGCUGCAGAGGCACGCGCGAGAGCGAGGGCUGCCAAGAGGGCUGCUGAAGCUGCCGAAAGCCGCUCUCACGCCGUCAACCAGCCGCUCUCGCCCCCGGCUCCUGUCCAACGUCAACAACAGCCUCCCGCGGCAGCGCUUGAGUCGACGCCCCCGAAGCCUCAAAGAGCUGCGUCUCAGCGGGAUUUCAAUCCGUCCAAAGCCGUGGUCGCGCAACCACAACGCGCCGCCGACGACCAAUACUACCGCCAGAAUCAAGAUGUGCCCCGUCAGCAACCCAGGCAGCUGCCUCAACCCCCGGUGCGCGAGGAGCAGCAGCCGAGGCAGUUGCCCCAGCCACCUCGCAGAUACCCGCAAGAGGGCCCGCGAUUCGACGACCAACGUCGAUACACCAGCCAAGAGGCUCCUCACCACUCUCGGGCUGCGAGCAUGGACCAGCGGACAUUCAUCCCGGCAGCGGAUGUUCCUAAGCGCAAUCUCAGCUUCCGGGAACGGGACGCCUCCCGCGAGGGGAGGCCGCAUGAUGCGGACGCGAACCAGUCCUCGAAGGAAUCGAGCGGUUUCUCGUUGACGCGCAAUGGAAGCAACAAACUGAGAAAAGAGCCUCCGGAGGAAGUGUGGCAUCGAAUACGCUCUGAAGCCGAGCGACGACAGCCACCGGCGCAGCAGCAGCCUGCCCAGAACCACCAGUACAAGGACCUGACUCGAUCUCCCCAAGCCACGGCAGGUGUACCACCACCAGCUGCGCAAUCACGCAGCAAGGAGCUGCCUCCGCUUCCCCUUGCGGUGAAUGACGAGACCAAUGUUCGGCCGGAAGCGAGGAAGGCUCACCAAUCUGCUACCGAGGCUGAGAUCGAACACAUGCAGCGGCGAGCCACGGAGCCCGUCUACGCCCGGGAAGAGCGAGGGUUGAAUGCCGACUAUGCCCCUGCGGCGGCCAUUGGCAGGAUCAUUUACGAGGCGAGUCAAAAAGCCCGAGGACGCUUUCCACAGUCGAAUUCAGCAGCAAAGAGCUUGGAAGAUCAGACGGGCCAUGAUCUAAUCGAGGACACACAGAAGCCACAGGAGCCACUGCAGUCGCAUAUGCCGCGCAUGCCGCAGGAGCCUCAGGCGUUGC